AUGGCAGACAAUGGCAAGUCGCCAACCGACAUAAUCACCUAUAUCGGUGUGCCGUUGGCAGUCUUGGGAGUUCUCCCAAUCCUGUACAACACGCUCUCCACGCUCCUCUCGCUUUCCAAGAUAAAGCGUAUGCUGCGGCAUAGUCGUCUUACAGCACUAACAAGGAGUGAUAUUGUCAAUAGGGUCAUCGAGAUAGAGCUCCCUCGCUAUGCUGUAAUGCCGCUGGACAGAUUCCAGGAUCGCUCCGAGUACUGGACUCUGUCGCGUCAUCCCAGCUCUAUUCCUGGUGGUAGUUGGACCACUUUCAACUGGAAGACUCACUCAAUUGGUAUGAAGACCCAGAGAGUUGAGUAUGCUGAUCAAGUCCGACAACCUCAAGUCGAAGUAGCAUUCGACGAGCUCGUCUGUUAUCUGCUUGAUCUUGGCGCCGUCCCGAAUCCGCAUGGAUGGAAGUUACUGAGAUCAUCUGGACUUUGGACGCCUGUAGGAUGCUGUUUGAUGAUGUCUCCCGAAGGCCGGCAAGACGCGCUGACAAUCGCUCCCUCGAGUGAUUCCGAUGGUAAUCUCUCUUUGACUGUUGCUUGGUCUAGUUCUUGGAUCACAAGGGAUUAUUCCAACUUGCCGCCAUACUGGGUCCGAUUGCCCUCACCACCUCAAAAAGAGAAUGCAAAUAAGCCCGGAAGCGUGUCGGAGGGCCUAGAGCACUCAAAUCGGAACUCAGAGGACGAGCUGACAACAGGGAAGUAUCAGGGCACCGACUCACGCCCAGGAACUAACAACGCUCCCGCACAGUCGAAUGCAAUCACUUGUCAGAUUUCCAUGUCUGGAAUCGCCACGGCACUGACUGAGCAGGACCAUUAUGGUGCCCAGACGACUCUGAACCUAGAAAGCCUUUACAUUGACCACCUGCGAAUUCAGCCUGCUAAAUCCGAUGGUGUGUGGUUUUCCAGUGCAGUGACCGCUUUCGGGACGUCCAGUCAGACGAUCCUGUGGAACUAUAAGAUACCUGACGAUAUUCUAUCCUUUGCACGGAAGGAAACUGUACCCUGUGGAGUGCAUGACGAUCAUGGAACAGACAUCCACAAGUUUGCGCGAAAGUCUCAAGAACAACGAGCUGCGAUGGCUGCAGAAGCACUAUUGCCUCCUGCUCAACGUCAAGCGGCAGCACAGGCUCGGAUGCAAAAGGAGAACCAGGAGCGGAUGGAGGAGAUGCGAGAGAGGCUCAGAACAAGCCAGCUGAGACGCGAUCAGCGAAUGAUGGAAGCCCUACGCAGCCCCAAGUGGGACACAAAGCUUGUUGCUGAGCAUUGCCUUCGAUGGCUUCAAGGGAAAGGCCUUUGGGAUGACUCGCUUACUGUGAAGGACGUCGUUGGCUUCAUGUUGCAUCGCAUGGUUCUGGAUGGGGAGUUCGCGUCUAAAAUUUGCCGGAUGCUGGACAAGUGGAAGGCUUGGGCUGAUGUCGGUGGUAUGAAACAGUCUGACUACCAGGCAGUUCAAGACGAUCAAGUUGAAUUUGCGCAUGCGUCGUUGUUAGUGGCUAUGAUUCGAGAUACAUCUACUGCCUUGGAAGGAACUGUGUCUAUGGACCUACAGGAAUGUUUGAGGAUGUGGAGAAAAGUUCGGCUUGGGUGAUUUGCAUUGCAGAUAGAGGGGGAUACCCAGUGGAGAUGCUUGCUGAAUUAUUUUGUGUCACCAAGCCGUUAUCGGUCUCGGCCUAUCAAUCAACUCAAGAAAUUACGACAACAAUUGCAAGAAACAUCACAGAAGGAGAUUCGCUGAUUAGGGCCCGGGAGUGAUAUUGCAAACUAAGGAGCGAACUAGCUAGCUAAAAACAAGAUAACAAAGGAAACGAGCAGAAAUGAUCAAC